AUCGACAUGUGGAUAUGCUCGAUCAGAUUGGAAACAAGAGGACUACAAUGAACACCAUUAUCCCCAGUCCAGCUGGAAGCCAUAUUCCCGCAAUCAUCACUCCUCAGCAACAGUACAACACUAAUCGAAAAUAUCAGUUACGGUACGUUUCGGUAACCGUUAAAUUGUUCCAACCAACGCGAUCGAUCCCGUUAGUACCGCCAUGCGUUUUCCCUGGCUAGUUCUGGCUUCAUGGCUCUCUGUCGCGGAUCCAGGACGUGCAGGAGCUCAGAGGGAUGAACACUACGAUGUCGUGGGUGUCUCCUGUGGGCAAGACGAGGUCGUCAGCUGCAUGCUCGUCCGGUGCACUGAGGGCGGCUUCUGCCCGGCGGAACAGUACUGCUACGACCCAAAAUGCGUUUGCCGCCGGGGGUAUCGGCGGGUGCGAGGAGCAUGCCUGCCCAAGCACACGGCUCACCACCUGGACAGCGAUACCCUCAACUCGGCCCUGCUGCAAACACAUUUUCAAGAGAAUUUUCACUUUUAAUUUUUCGUUUUUCAUAACAUUUGCAUUAAGGCUAAAGAAAAUUAAUAGAAAA